AUGUCACACCCGUCCUUCACUCACUCCGCUGGCUUCCCGUUUUCAUACAGGAUUGAGUUCAAAAUCUCCCUACUCAUCCAUCAGUGCAUCACAACGCCCCUCCCUACCUCAAAGAACUACUCACACCACAAACCUCAUCACAUAACCUCCUCUUCGGAAAACAAAGUCCUUCUUCUACUGGGACCGAGCUCCGCACCAUGGCGGAUCGGGCUUUCUGCUCAGCCGCUCCUCGCCUGUGGAGUUCCCCUCACAGACCACCCGAGGGCUCCACAAUCCACUGCCUCAUUCAACACGGCCUUCCCCACCCACCCCCACCCAUCUGCUCAGCAGGCGGCCAAUCAGAUCACCUGCUCGCUGAGCCACCUCUUGUUUACAGGUGUGUGCCUGCGGAGUCUCAUGGGAGGCGGCGGCAGAGGGACAGGUGCUGCGACUGUGAUUGGUGGGAAGCAGAUCUCAGGUCAGAGCUGCCAGGGAAGAGUGGAAACUGAUCCCAAAAGCCACAAGACUGGAGGCCGAGGAGACGAGCUGCAGGAGCGAGAGGGGAGGACCAUUAUGAUGUCGCCAGACGCCCGAGCCCUGGAGGACCUGCUGUACGCUGGUGACCUUGGCGACGAGGGGGAGGGCGCGGAGGGGGCGGAGCCAGGCGGCCGAGCCCCGGCGGGGACGGAGGAAAGUGCUGCUUCAGACAAUGAGCCAAUGACGUGUGCCGGCUGCGGCGAGCAGGUGUGCGACCGCUUCUUCCUAUUGGCUGCCGGCUGCGUGUGGCACGGCGUGUGCCUCCGCUGCAGCCAGUGUCACUGCGAGCUGCAGACUCACCCUUCGCUCUACUGGAGAAACGGACACAUCUACUGCCAGCAAGACUACUGCAGGAUGUUUGGCGGCGGUCAGUGCGCUCGCUGCCUCCAGCCAAUCCCAGCCUCCGCUUUGGUCAUGAGGUCUGGAGAUCUGACCUUCCACCCUCACUGCUUCUCCUGCCAGGAGUGUGAUGUGACAUUAAUACCAGGGAACCUGUACUGCAUGCAGGGCCAGAACCUCUACUGUCAGUCCCAUUAUCAUGGUGACGAUCUCCAGCCUAAACCCAGUCUGAAAGAAGCUCAGAAUCAGGUCUCGGGUGAAGGGGAGGAGUCGGUCAGCAGUCCUGAGCCACGAUUGGACGACAGGGCGACAGGCGGGCGGAGCCGCAGGCGGUCCAAGCGAAUUAGGACGUGUUUCCGCAGCGAGCAGCUCAGAGCGCUGGAGUCGUAUUUCGCUGAGAAACACAACCCCGACGGUAAAGACUGGAACUGCCUCGCGCACAAGACCGGCCUGCCCAAGAGAGUCCUGCAGGUGUGGUUUCAAAACGCUCGGGCCAAACUGAGACGCUCCCUCACCGCCGAUGACUCUCAGGCCAAUUCGCCCUCCGCUCCCCAGGGAAGCGUAACCGUGGCGACCGGCUCCCCAUCCCCAUCCCCAUCCUGCUCCCCCCCGACCAAUCACAGCCCUUCUCUUCUAACACCAGCACCAUCGACCAGCUGCAGCUCGCUCUGCUCACCGCCCCGCUCACCCCGCCGCCGGCGAGCCCGGCCGCCAGCCAGUCGCUUCAGCUGCGAAGCCCCGCUUUCUUCCUGGACUACGACUCCCAGAGUGCACCAGGGUGCCUCUCCUCUCUGGAGGCCUUCGAGGACUUCGGAGAGCCAGGAGGAGGAGCGGAGGGAGAUGUUGAUUCUGAUAGUUCUUAUAGACCGCAUUACUGCUGAACAGCUUUCCCUGGUGUUAGAAUUUAGUUUGCUGUGGAUUGUAAUGGAAUAUAGCAAUUAAAUUGUAUUUAUAGUG